CGCACAGUUAUGACCUGACUCAUGCUCGCGUUCAUCACCGUUGGCUCAACGCGUUUCGACGGACUCAUUAAAUCCGUUUUUUCUCCCUCCGUGUUGGCUAGUCUCUCGAACAAGGGGUACACUAACAUAGUUGUCCAAUGUGGCAAUUCAGAUUUUCCAUAUGUCCAUUUACUGGCUCAUGGAGAAGAAUCGUUCCAGCUGGAGAAAGAUGGCGUGACGAUAGAGUGCUGGAAAUUCAAGCCUUCGUUACAGACAAAUUGCGAAAGAGCUGACUUGGUGAUUAGCCAUGCUGGUUCUGGGACAAUCGUCGACGUGCUCCGCAUGGACAAGCCUCUGAUUGUUGUUCCCAACCCUACACUAGCAGAUAAUCAUCAACAAGAACUUGCUACAGCGCUGGAGAAAUUGGGUCAUUUGCGGUCUUCCACGACAUCACAAUUGGCUAAUACAAUUCAAGAAUUCGAUGCUUCAUCUCUGACAAAGUUUCCGCCUUUCGAUGGUAGUAGAUUUCGGAAACUGUUAGAUGAAGAAAUGGGCUUUUUCUGAAACU